AUGUCGAAAGCAAUCUUUCUCGGCAAAGCUGAAGGCAAGCCAGGGCAGGUCUACUAUCCGCUCUCCCUGCAGACCUUACCCCAACCCUCCCCGCAGGGCACCGAGCUGUUGGUGAAAUUGUCCGCAGCAGCCCUCAAUCAUCGCGAUGUAUUUUUGCGGCAGCACCUCUACCCGGGUCUAACAUUUGACGUGCCCAUGGGCGCAGAUGGAGUUGGAACUGUCGUGGGCGCAGGCUCCGGUGUGACAAACCCAGGGCGAUGGCAAGGAAGGCGAGUCAUUCUGAAUCCCGGAAUCGGCUGGAAGGAUUCUGUUGAGGGCCCUGAGGAUCCAGCAGGCUAUAAAAUUAUGGGAGGAACGAAGCUUUACAAUAAAGGGACAUUGCAGGACUAUAUCACGAUUGAAGAGUCCGAGGUUGAAGAAGCCCCUGAGCACCUAUCAGAUGCUGAAGCAGCCGCUUUGCCUCUUGCAGGCUUGACAGGAUGGAGAGCUCUAGUCGUCAAAGCGGGGGAACACAACACUGGCGAGGGCUCUGUGGUUUUAAUCACAGGUAUCGGCGGAGGUGUCGCGCUGUUUGCCCUGCUCUUUGCUGUUGCGCGAGGUGCAGAUGUAUAUGUGACAAGCUCAAGUGAGGACAAAAUUCGAAAAUCCAUCGAACUGGGUGCGAAGGGAGGUGUGAAUUACAAGGAGAGUGGGUGGGAAAAGAAGUUGCUAGGCUUACUCCCCAAGGGAAAGAAGAACUUCGAUGCAGUCAUUGAUGGAGCGGGUGGCGACUCCGUCGAGAAGUCGGUGCGAUUGCUCAAGGCUGGUGGUGUCCUCUCCAUCUAUGGAAUGACAGUCUCCCCCAAAAUGCCAUUUGUGAUGCCGGCGGUUCUGAAGAACAUCGACGUCCGCGGUUCUACAAUGGGAUCCCGGAAAGAGUUCAAGGAUAUGGUCAACUUUGUCAGCACGCACAAAGUCCACCCUAUUGUAUCACGCGUUAUUCAGACUGAGCUAAGCGAUGUUGCGGCCCUCGAUGGACUGUUCCAGGACAUGAAGGAUAGCAAGCAGUUCGGAAAACUGGUUAUAGAGUUUGGAAAGACUUCGGGAAGUAAGCUCUAG